AGAAAUUACUGAAAACUUUUCAGUGAAACGUUCGUGUUUACUGUUUACAGACAGAUCGUCGAAAUCAUCAAGGCAUUUUCUUCCCGUUAUUGCGUUUAGAUUUGAGGCAUAUCGCUUGACAGCUAAAUAUCUGUUGAAGGUCUUCAUAUCGAAAGUCCAAGUCUUCAAUCUAUCAUGUCGCGAAGGAGGAAAUCGAAAAAGACGACGAACGGUUGCACCAGCAAGCCUCAGACUUCUCUUCCACUGGUCAAAAGCAAACAGCGUAUGACACCUAGAAGUGCUCCGCAGUUAACACGAAAUGGAAAGUUUACUCAAAACUGGAUUGUAGAGGAUUUAUUGGAGGAAGAGAAAUUUGUUCUUAACCCUCGACUUAACUCUAAUUUAUCACAGUUGAAGAAAUUGUGGAAGAAUGGAAAACCACUAAUGGAUAACUGUGUAGAAUUAGAUCCAUCUCCAUUUAAACACUGUGUUGUCAAAAAUCUGCUCAAGGAUGAAUCCCAUCUUGAUGAUCUUUGCAAGGAACUGCCAAAGUUGCCGUAUAAACAAAUGCUGAAUGAUUUGUACUCAUUACAGCAGUCUUGCGUUCUAGAUGUUGGCAGUUCGUUAAAAUCUGUGCAUAGCAUAGUAAAAUUUAUCAAAGGUCCUCUGAAGAAAUGGGUGCAAGAGAUAACUGGCAGGGUGUUUUCUGAUAAAAUGACAAUCACUGCAUCUCAAUAUAAAUUUACUGAUAGACUGCUAUGUCAUGAUGACAAUCUUCAUGAUCGUAGUGUAGCCUUCAUUUUCUACUUGUGCAAAGAUUGGGAAGAAGAAUUUGGGGGAUCUCUUGACUUAUUUGAUUGUGAUUCAGACAACCAACCAAAAAAUGUGAUCAAAUCAAUAUUCCCCUCAUUUGGUUCCUUUGCCUUUUUUGAAGUGUCUCACAAUUCGUACCACCAGGUAGCAGAAGUUCUCACUUCAAAAUCUGUGAGACUUUCCAUUAAUGGGUGGUAUCAUGGAGAAGAUUUACCUCAGCAACCAGUAUGGCACGGUACCAUUCCUAAAAUGUUGGUUCCCAUACAACUACAUGGAAAGUCUGCUGAUGACUUCAUAAAUUCAACUUGGCUAAAUAUGAAGACAUGCUCUCAGGUAAAGAGUUCUUUUGAACAAGAACUAAGUAUUAGUCUACCACAGUUUUUGAAGUCUCCCAUUUUCACUGGAAUAGAGAAAGCUUUAAAAGAUAAGAGCAUUGUGUGGGAGUCCUGUGGGCCCGCUCACCACAAGAGAUAUGAGGUAGCGAGGCUUUCUACUCUUCCUGCUGAAGUAACACAGUUCCUGAAGUUUGUUCAAUCCAAACAUUGGUUUCGGUUUCUCUCUCAGUGCACGGUAGAGAUUAGUCCUGAUGUCAAACCGUUGCCAAAAUGUUGGUUGGAAGUCCAACGUUGGCAACCUGGGGACUACACAGUUCUUUUUGAUAAUGAUCCACUUAAUAAUAGUACUGGUAUUGAUGUUCAUUUGUACUUUGGUGUAGAAAAAAGGUUAAAGAACAAUGUAGGUGGUGAGGUUUUCUAUCUUGGCCCCGAUCGUGAUGAUGAGGGUAAUCUAGAGCAAGCUUUUCAUCUAGAACCAGAAAAUAAUACCUCAACAAUAAUAGCUCACAUUGAAGGUAUGGCUGUGUUGACAAAGUAUUUGGAUCAUCGAAAUAAACCUUUCUUUAAAAUAUUUGGCAGGUAUUCACAAAGUGUGGAAUGAAGUGGAAGUCAUUACUCUGGUAAUACAUACGGGUAUAGAUGUACAGUGUGUGUUGUGAGUGAUAAAAGUUAGAGGAUAAUAAACGCCCAAAAUAUGA